AUGCGCGGCGGAUUGGUCCAGAUCAUUUCGCAACGGCUUGAGGCAAAAAUUCAUGAGGAUAUACCAAGCACAAGCGGACACAUAGUACACAACUUCCUUCGCGAAUGGCACGCGAUCGACAUAUACACCCUCGAGUUCUACAGUCCCGGCCACCGGCCGUCAUCCUAUUGGCCUACGAUUAUGCUCCUUCGCCUCCAGCGGCCGGUGCCUUCGCGCGAGUGUUAUGUUCAUGCGCCGCAGCGGGGUUGGCGGGUGCUGGGUGCUUUGGGCGUAAUCGUUGGUCCAGUACUGGACGAUUCUCGUAUUCUCCGCCUGAAAGCCGAUCGACGCAAGCAAGACGGAGCACAAACCAGCUCGCUGAUCAACGACGCUGCCGGCAAUUCCCGAGCUAAUGAAUAUAAAGGGGUCUACGACAACACGACAGCCCAUAAAUCAAACUCGCUCAUCAUGGAUCCUCUCCCCAUUUUACCCAAUACCGACAUCUUCAUCGUCCCAGAGAUGCUUUUGGGCUCCGCUGCGCAAGAAGCCCUGGAUCAAGAUGAAGAUCAGGCUGACGAUAUUGAUGCCAGAGCGCGGGAGGUGCGUCAAGAGAUCCUUCGUAUUCUUCACGAAAGGCGUACACCCUUUGCGCAACUCGAACCAGAGAGGGUCAUCAAAGGCGAGGGACCGACGUUCGAACUCCCUCUUCUACACUUUGGCGUUGCCCUGUCUAUGCAAGACGUGCGGAACUAUGCCAAUGCCUUUGAGUGCGCGCCGGAGCCCGAUCCGGACACGCCUCCCGAGUACAUGUUGCCGAACGAUGCCUACAUGGAGUUAGAAUCUGUACAGAUGGAAACGAGGGAUCUCCUUUUACAGCGUCUGCAAGAGACUUGCGGCGUCCCGAAUUUGAAGAGCGUGGAGUGCCUAAACACGCACGACAAGAUCUGGGUUCUCACAACCUAUUCGAACCUCAACUUUGGUGCCGGUUCCACUGUCCAAGAAGAGGUUAUCGCGUUUGAGAGAGUUAUCGAGAAGCUGGACGCAAUUGGUGCAUGGUACUGGGACUACGAAUUGUGUGGGAUCAGAUAUUCUUCUCCGUGGGAUACCUACAACAUCUGGCCUGCACAUGAGAUCGCUAGGACCGGCUGGCCGCGCAGCUUCUGGGUCCUCGAAAAGAACACCGAGAACACCGAGCGCAAGCGCCUGCUGACCCUUUACGACCACUCGGAACACAAGUUGGACGAGAUUGCCGACGAUACCAUGCAAGUGUAG